UUCAUCCAUCCACGUGAUUGUACAACAGAUUCAGACCAAGCAUGCAUCUCGUCUCCCCUGGUUCCAACGAGUCGGUGCGUGAUGUAAUACCCCAUCUCAUGCCGUUUCACAUUGGCUAUUCGGGAUCUGCACCUGUCUCGACGUACUUCCACGCGAAACCUCUGGACGUACGAACAGGUUCUGGCCCAGGAGGAGACACGUCCGCUGCAGCCGUAACAGGGACCUCUGGGCCACAAAAUUCUGCUGGAGGGGAGAGCAGCACAAAAGACGCGUAUACCGCCGCGUUUCGUGGUCGUUCCGUCCACGGUUCGCGCAUAUUGCUCCCAGAGGGGUAUUCAGGAUACGUUCUACAAUCCAACGAACCCGCAGCCACGGCGGCAUCGGAGGCGUCAUUGAAGCGGAAACGGACAGAGACGGUCUCACAGCCUGCAAAAAAAAACCGCAGACUGAGGCGCACUCGCAGUGUCGUCGUCAAGGAGGAAACGGAAGAUGAUAUCUAUGCUCUGAUGUCCCGAGUUGAAGAUGAGAUUGAAGUGGAGGAGGUGACACCAGCGAUCGAAACCGUGGCACCUACGAGGGAAUUCACGCCAAUUGGGAAGUUUGAUUCCAUUAUGGUUUGGCAUCCGGAUGUCCCGGUGGAUCAUGGACAGGAUGAAUAUAUCCGCGCAAUCGACGAGUGGGCAAAACUGUCGAACACAUUGCAUGAUUUUUGAUGUAUUACAGUUUCACCUCUUUCCCCUUCCAACCUUUCUCUCCGACGUCACCGAACACCUCUUCAUACGCUCUUCCAAUCUCGGAUAUCAUAUCUCCCGUUACUACCCCCCUCCCAAGCUUUUUAAAGGCGAGCUUAGACGUCACUCGUGUGAUGGUUGAGGCGCCGCAGGCCGCGAGCAAGGGAAC